AUGGCCAUUCGGAACAUCAUGCUGUCGUCGCUCCUCGCACACCCGAUACUAACCAUCUUCCUUCUCCCCGUUACCCUGGUCGUGCUGCGCUCGGUGUACCGUAUCUCGCCCCUCCAUCCGCUCUCUCACAUACCAGGUCCGCUUGUCCCUCGACUAUCGUCACUAUGGCUCACUUACCACGCAUGGAUCGGCGACGAGGCUUCGGUGGUUGAUGCGCUGCAUAAGAAAUACGGCACGAUCGUCCGCAACGGGCCCAACAGCGUCGACAUCUCCGAUGGCGCAGCACUGGCCACCAUAUACACCGAACGUGGCGGGUUCGCAAAGACCAAGUUCUACGAGAACUUCGCUCUCCCGGACGGCGUGCACAUGCACAACUCGAUCUUUUCCGAGACGGAUCCCUUGACGCGAGCGCCUCGCGCAAAGGCCGUGGCUGUUCUGUUCUCCACCUCAAACCUCAGACAGGGCCAAGACCUCAUCUAUGCAUGCGUCGACAAGUUUGUGGCCCGGUUGGCUGAGGGGAAGAAGUCGAGUCAAGCACGGGGCAGCGCCCCUUUGAAUAUUCUCAACCUGACGAGAGGGUUGGCCGUCGACGCGGUCUCGUCGUAUCUGCUCGGCAAGAGCUACGGAGCUCUAAGCGAGGACUCCGACCAGAACAAGGACGAGAAGAGAGCGGUGCGAAAGGAGUUGGCUGAGCCAAUGAGCGCGGCCGGCAUGGUCGACACCUUCGUCGCGGUCGGCCGCUUCUGGUACCUCCCCAGUUGGCUAUUCAAGCUCGUCGAGUCCUGGGACGCAUGGUGGAACGCAGACGAGGAGGUGACGCAUAGUCUGGCGCGAGUGGACGACUUCGUGGCCGGAGUAGUGAAGGAUGCGGAAGCCAGUAUCAGUGCCAACGCUGCACAAUGGAAGGACAAGGCGACGGUCCCCGCCACUCCUAACCAUCCUUUGACCUCGUAUCCAGCUCGGCUUUUGCAAGCGGGCUUCAACUCCUCCGAGACGCGGGCUCAAUGCAAGGACCUCAUCUUCGCAGGCUCGGACAGCACCGGGAUGAAUCUGGCCACCAUCCUCUUCAUGCUGGCGAAGCAUCCCGAAUGCUACAGGAAAGCAAGAGACGAAAUCCUGGCUAGUAAACCGGGCUUUGACGAGCUUCAGUCUCUACCGUACCUCCGCGGGGUCGUGAAGGAAGGACUGCGCUUGUCUAUGGCGAACCCGUCACGUCUUCCUCGCAUCGUCCCCCCAGAAAGCUGGACCUUCAAAGACACCCAUUUCCCUGGUGGUACGGAAAUCAGCUGCACGCCGUAUUCUCUGCAUCUGAAUCCAGAAGUGUUUCCCGACCCUUUCGGCUUCAAGCCUGAGAGGUGGAUUGACCCUUCUGAAGAGAUGAUGCGGGACGCCAUCCCCUUCGGUCUGGGUAGUCGACAGUGCAUUGCCAGGAACCUGGCGACGGUGGAGCUGUACUGUGCGGUGGCCAGAGUUAUCGAGGCUGGUAUACUGCAAGGAGCCGUGACCGUGAAGUCCGAGAUUGAGAUUCUGGAAUGGUUCAACAGCAAGGUCAUCGGGGAGCGGAUAGACUUGGUCUGGCAAUGA